GCGUCGCGCGUCGCUGGCCCCGCCCCCGUCCGUGGGGCGCGGUGCCCUCCGCCAGGUGCACCCGCUCGGGGCCGCGGCUCCGGCAGCAGCGGCACCAUGACCGUCACACGGCUCGACUAUGGGCAGCGCUACCGCCCGCGGAUGGCCUUCCUGAAAAAGAUUGAACCGCUUAUGAUGGAGAUGCAGGAUCCAGACACGGGCGUCAAGACGCAGACGCAGAGGGUGAUGAUCACCAACAUCCCACAUGCUGUGACAGGUAAUGAUGUAAUGCAGUGGAUUCUCCAGCGCUUACAGAUCACUCAGGAAGAGGCGCUCCACCUGGGGGACCUGUUUGUCAAAUAUGGAUACAUCUACCCUCUUCAGGAGCCAAAGAAUCUCACCCUUAAGACAGACAGCAGCCUGUACAGGUUUCAAACCCCCUACUUCUGGCCCGCGCAGAGCUGGCCUGCUGAUGACACAGACUAUGCAAUUUACCUAGCAAAGAAGAACAUUAAGAGGAAAGGGAUUUUAGAAGAGUAUGAAAAGGAACAUUACAACAUGCUCAAUCAAAAAAUAAACUACAAGUGGGACUUCGUUAUCAUGCAAGCCAAAGAGCAGUAUAAGGCAGGAAAGGAACGAAAGAAGGCAGACAGGUACGCCCUGGACUGUCAGGAGAGAGCCUACUGGCUUGUGAACCGAACUCCUCCUGGCGUGCUAGAUGUCCUGGAGUAUGGAGUAGACCGCGUAACGGAUCCCAAUGAAAAUAAGAAAAAAACUAUGGAUGUUUAUAGGAGAGAGAUCAUGUACUAUCAGCAGUCCAUCAUGAAGUCCAGAGUGAAAUCUUCUGUCUCUCUUGGAGGGCUUGUGAAGUACUCCGAACAGUUCCUCUCCAACGAUCCUCUGCUGUCUGGAUGCCUUCCCAGUAACCCUUGGAUAACAGAUGACCCUGAGUUCUGGGAUCUCAAUGCAAAACUAGUGGAAAUCCCCACCAGAAUGCGUGUGGAGAGAUGGGCCUUCAAUUUCAGUGAGCUGAUUCGGGACCCGAAAGGUCGGCAGAACUUCCAACUCUUCCUGAAGAAGGAGUUCAGCGGAGAGAACCUGAGUUUCUGGGAAGCCUGUGAGGAUCUCAAGUAUGGAGACCAGUCCAAGGUCAAAGAAAAAGCAGAAGAAAUUUACAAGCUUUUCCUGGCUCCAGGAGCAAGGCGCUGGAUUAACAUUGAUGGCACAACGAUGGGCAUAACCGUCAGAGGCCUCAAGCACCCUCAUCGUUAUGUUUUAGAUGCUGCUCAGACCCACAUUUACAUGCUGAUGAAAAAGGACUCCUAUGGUCGCUAUUUAAAGUCUCCAAUAUACAAGGAAAUGCUGGCCAAGGCUGUUGUGCCACAAGAGACCGUCAAAAAAAGCUCUGGUUUCCCAUUCGGACGCCGUCACCUCCGCUCCAGCCCCAGCCCUGUCAUCCUGAGGCAGCAGGAGGAAGAGGCCAAAGCCAGAGAAGCUGCCACGACCGUGGACAUCACGCAGCCAUGCCACCACGCUGCCCAAGCCCCUCACCCUGCUGUCUACACUGGCACCAGCACCCCCCCAUCAACACCCGCUGCCCCCGCAUGUCCCCCGGCAGCCCUGCCCCCCAGCACCGCCUGCCCCUCGCCCAUCACCGUGGCCUUCGGCAGCACCGCGGGCGCUGAGAAGGAGCGAGAGCCCCAGGAUCCCAGCCCCUUCCCCUCCAGCAGCGGGAGAUCUCGCAUGGCUGCCCUCUCCUUCGGCCGAUUCCUGAAGAGGGGCUGCUGGACGUCCCCUGUCUUCGCCACGCUCUCGCCCAAGUGCCCGGCCAUGCCGCAUGGGAAGGUGCAGCCGCUGGGUGAGCGCGAGCAGCAGCUCUGGACAGACACCAAGGCCGUGAGCAGCUUCUUCCAAAUAAAAAUGGACGGUCCUUUGGAGAGCCGAAUCUGCCCCAUAGACUCUGAGAAGGGAGAGGACAACCGCCACCGAGCUUGUAAGGACUCUGGGAAGGAGGUGAUCUGCCCUUGGGAGAACCCUGUGGAAGAGGGGAGAGCUGGGUAGCAAGCAGCCCAGAUAUGGACCCUCUCUUUCCAGGCCUGAGACCAUGAGUUGUGCCCCAUCUGGUUCAGUAUUUGGGCCAUGCUGUUGAAGAAAUGCAUUAGAGCCAUCCUUCAGCAUCGAGGAAGCUCAGACUUCCACAGCGACGAAUCACAGACCCUGGUGUCCCCAUCUGUUAGCAAUUCAAGAGUUUGAUGCAUUUCUGGACUGGUUUUCUUUCCUAUCUUUGGUAUUUUCAGAUCUAUUCAUUACGAACUUCUUGAUAAAUGAAGCUCGUUUCUUGCCUCACAGCAGAUGGAGAAUUUCUGCGUGUAUAUAUAUCCUGGGAAAUGGUGUCUUAUCUGAAUUACUUGCUUGGCCAUGAGGUGUCAGCACACUGUACACAACACAGCUGGAGCAGAGCUUGCAGGCAUUUUUCAGAGUAGAACUCAGACUUCAUUAUGAAGAUUUGGGCAUGUUUGUGUCCCCAGCUUGGGUCCAUCUCUUAUUAUUAAUAACGAUUCUUGUAAUUUUAAAGGAAGUUCAUUAAGAGACAGCUGAUUGCUGGGGAAAAUAAAGUAAACCCCUCAUGAGAAGCUGUGUACUGUACGACAUAGCACCAUUCCUUAAUCCAAAUCAAAAGUGAUCCCAAAGAGCAAACGAUGCAGAAAAGCAAAGGCCCCAGGGCACGGCUGCGUUAGCUCCAGUUUCCCUUUUGUGGCCUCUCACUGCUGGGUUUUGAAACCAUGGCUUGAACUUCAUCUCAGCAACACCUGGGAAGAUCCCAAACAAGUCUGUGUUUUGGGUCUCUCUGAAAUGAGGCUGAUGCUUUGCCACAGUCUUUGACUGUGUUGUUGUCAAGAGUGUUAGAACGUUGCUUUCCUUAUGUCAAAACCAUUUGAAGAUGGGGUUUUUGGGUCAGGUGUGGAGGUGUUUCCUAGACGUAUGUGAUGUGGGUCGUUAGUCUGUAAUUUGGCCUUGUGGCCCGUGACUUUUGAUGUUGCUAUUUUGUAUUUCUAAUUGUAAAUGGAGCUUUGCCUGUGUGGCUGAUGUGGCUCAUCCUGCGGACUUCUACUAUGGCAUUUAAAAUGUCUCCUUACACAUACUCAGUGGUCCCCAUUUCCCACAGGUCUGGGAUGACACUUCUCGUCAUAGGGCAGUUCGGGAAAAUCAAGAGGCUAUUUGUUUUUCCAAAGACUCUUUCUCAGUGGAGCAGAAAGAUGCACCACCCCAAAGCAGAAGUUGAGCAGGAGAGUGCUGCCCCACGCCACCCACGAUGCUUCUCUCAUGCCAAUACACAUUUGCUCUUGCUGGCUUUGCUUUGUCAGGAUGAUUGGAUUCUGUUCUGGCAGUCACUAAUGGUGGGCACAAGAGACAAAUGUGGUGUCUUUUGUGAUUGUUUUUGUUAAUAUUGUUACUCAGCUGCUCCUGAUGGGACACUGGUGGUGUAUAACCCAGGAAAUAUGGCUGGAAGAUGUUGUGAUGUGUAAGAGUUAAUAAUAUUAUAUUUAAUAUUGUGUCCAUGUUAUAAGAGCCCUCCUUCUACUAAGACUUCUCUCAAUGGUUUGGGGUUCCUCUUGUGCACAUCAUUGCCUUCUGCUCCAGAGGCCAGCAGCGGCCAUGGAUCAGCAGUGUGUGUCUGGGACUGGGACAUGGGUCACACUCCAUGGAGACAGUAAACACUGUCCCGUGAACCCUGUCGUCUGUGGUUUCCUCCUCUUCACCACUCCCAGUGUGCACGGAGCCGGGAUGGGCACUUAGCACCAGCUCCUCAGGCUGGCUUCCUCACCACCUCUGCUCCUCGUGUUCUCCACUUGCUGAGGAAGACCCACAUCUUGUCGCGGUUUCAGAAGCUGAUG